AUGCAGACUACAGGGGCCCUACUCAUUCCCCUGGCUCUGAUCCGCUGUUGUACCACGGGUCUAAUCAGGCCUGUGUCUGCCUCCUUCCUGAGUAGGCCAGAGAUUCCAUCUGAACAGCCUUCCUACAGCAGCUCCCCACUCCGGGUGGCCAGACCCAGACCACAGCUCCAGACCAGUGUCGUCUCCUGGGACAUUGCCACCGCGGCCAAGUUUAUUGGUGCUGGGGUUGCCACAGUGGGUGUGGUUGGUUCAGGGCCUGGAAUAGGGGUGCAUGUAUCCUUUCUGAUUGGCAUUUCUGGUUUCUUGGGAUAUAUUCCUAGUAGUAAGAACCCGUCUUUCAAGCAGCAGCUCUUCUCCUAUGCCAUGCUGGACUUUGCCCUGUCUGAGGCCAUGGGGCUCUUCUGUUUGAUGGUUGCUUUCCUCUUCUUUUGA